AUGUCGGACGUCGAAUUUGGGCACUGUUCAGACCAGCUGAAUAAAUUCGAGAGACUGACAGGCAGGCCGCUGCACGGAGUGAUGUUAGCAGGUCAUCGAUCUCCCCCCGCUCGCAGUGGGCAUCGCUGUGUCGCUGACAACUCCAACCUUUACGUGUUUGGAGGUUACAACCCUGACUACGAUGAGUCAGGAGGCUCAGAGAAUGAAGACUACCCACUGUUCAGAGAGCUUUGGAGGUACCACUAUGCCACAGGCUGCUGGCAGCAGAUUCAAACUGAUGGAUACAUGCCAACAGAGCUGGCAUCUAUGUCAGCUGUUUUGCAUGGCAACAACCUGCUGGUGUUUGGUGGCACCGGGAUCCCUUUUGGUGAAAAUAAUGGCAAUGAUGUUCACGUUUGUAAUGUGAGGUACAAGCGAUGGUCACUGCUCAACUGUCGAGGGAAGAAGCCCAACAGAAUCUACGGACAGGCGAUGGUCAUUAUAAAUGGCUUCCUGUAUGUCUUCGGUGGGACAACGGGGUACAUCUACAGCACAGACUUGCACAGGCUGGACCUGACCUCCAGGGAGUGGAUUCACCUCAAGCCCAACAACCCCCCCGACGACCUUCCUGAGGAACGAUAUAGGCAUGAAAUAGCACACGAUGGGCAGAGGAUCUACAUUCUCGGAGGAGGAACUUCCUGGACGUCUUAUCCUUUGGACAAGAUACAUGCCUACAAUUUGGAAACAAAUUCUUGGGAAGAGAUUACAACAAAACCUCAUGAAAAAAUAGGGUAUCCUGCUCCUCGACGGUGCCACAGCUGUGUUCAGAUACAUAACGAUGUAUUUAUCUGCGGAGGCUACAAUGGGGAGUUGAUUCUAGCAGAUUUGUGGAAGAUCAACCUGCACUCUUUCCAGUGGAGUAGACUACCAGCAGUGAUGCCUGAGCCAGCCUACUUUCACUGUGCUGCUGUCACCCCGGCUGGCUGCAUGUACAUCCACGGAGGAGUAGUGAACAUUCAUGAGAACAAGAGGACUGGUUCACUGUUCAAGAUCUGGCUUAUUGUGCCCAGUCUGUUGGAGCUUUGCUGGGAGAAGCUCCUAAAGGCCUUUCCACAUCUGACUUCUCUCUCCAACAUGCAGCUCCUGAACCUGGGCCUCACACAGGAGCUGAUAGAGCGAUUGAAGUCGUCUCGGUGA